AUGAAGUUCACCUUGGGCCUUGGGUCGCGGGCGUGGAGCGUGUCCUGGGAGCGCGCGGUAGCAGCGGCGGCAGGCCCUGGGGUGGGCGGCGGCGCGCUCGGCGGCCGCGCACAGCGCGUCCGCUGUAAGAGCCGGACCCAGGCAGCUUGCCUCCGGACUCUGAGCUGCCUGGGGCCCGCGGGUUCUUUGGAGACGUACCCGGUACAGUCCCUCGCCCUGCCUGGCCAACCUUGGCUAACGCGCUGGUUUUCUCCCCUCCCGCUCACUCCGCUCGGGCGGUCCGCAGAGCAGACAUACGGAGAGGUGAACCAGCUGGGCGGCGUGUUCGUCAACGGCCGCCCCCUGCCCAACGCCAUCCGCUUGCGCAUCGUGGAGCUGGCGCAGCUGGGCAUCCGACCCUGUGACAUCAGCCGGCAGCUCCGCGUAUCCCACGGCUGCGUGAGCAAGAUUCUGGCGCGCUACAACGAGACCGGCUCCAUCCUGCCUGGAGCCAUCGGGGGCAGCAAACCCCGGGUCACCACCCCCAACGUGGUCAAACACAUACGGGACUACAAACAGGGAGACCCUGGCAUCUUCGCCUGGGAGAUACGCGACCGGCUGCUGGCCGACGGCGUCUGCGACAAGUACAACGUGCCCUCGGUGAGCUCCAUCAGCCGCAUUCUGCGCAACAAGAUUGGCAGCCUGGCGCAGCCCGGGCCGUACGAGGCGGGUAAGCAGCCGCCGCCGCAGCCAGCACUGCCCUACAAUCACAUCUACCAGUACCCCUACCCCAGCCCCGUGUCGCCCACCGGCGCCAAGAUGGGCAGCCACCCCGGGGUCCCGGGCACCGCGGGCCACGUCAGCAUCCCACGUUCAUGGCCCUCAGCACACUCGGUCAGCAACAUCCUGGGCAUCCGGACGUUUAUGGAGCAAACAGGGGCCCUGGCCGGGAGCGACGGCGCCGCCUACUCCCCGAAGGUGGAAGACUGGGCCGGGGUGAACCGCACCGCCUUCCCCGCUGCGCCCGCGGUGAACGGCCUCGAGAAACCUGCCCUGGAGGCUGAUAUUAAAUACACUCAGACGGCCUCUGGCCUCUCCGCGGUGGGCGGCUUCCUCCCGGCCUGCGCCUACCCGGCCUCCAACCAGCACGGCGUGUACAGCGCGCCGGGCGGCGGCUACCUCGCCCCCGGCCCGCCGUGGCCGCCAGCGCAGGGUUCCCCGCUGGCGCCUCCCGGGGCCAGCGUCACCGUGCACGGCGGGGAGCUCUCUGCAGCCAUGACCUUCAAGCAUCCCAGCCGAGAAGUGGCGGACCGGAAGCCGCCCAGCCCCGGAGGCAAGGCCUCGGAUGCCCUCAGUAGCUUGCACGGACUGCCCAUCCCCGCCUCGACCUCCUAG